CGGAAGAUUGUAUCAGUCAAUCGCUGCAAAACAACCAAGCAACAGUUAGGUACUUCUCUCAAAAAUGGCUAAAUUCAUUCAAAUCGCUCUUUUGGUUGCCUGUGGUGCUGCCCUCUGUUGGGCAGAACCAGCUCGUUUGAGAAAUCGCCAAUCAAGAGUAUUAGCUCGUCAGGAAGUUGCUGAGGAUGUCCCGGCUCAAACACCAUAUCCUCCAGCUGGAAUUGUUCCUCAAAUCCGCUUUGACCUCCCAACUGAGGAUGUAGCCGUUGAGCCUGACAAUACAUACCUGCCACCAGAUAGCACUCUAACUGGAAUACCAGCUAAAACCUACGGUCCUCCAGAAGCUGCUGAGCCAAAAGCAGCCACUGACAACGAUGCAACUACGCAAGAACCUGAAGAAGCCACAACAGAGCAACCUGAGGAUUUGGAACAACCUGAUGAUCAAAACCCAAUCGAUGAUGAGGCCGAAGACAACGAAGUCGAAACGGACGCCGUCGAUGAUGAAGAACUUCUUCUGGUCGUUCCCCUAACGCCAAGAUCCAAAACAGCAAGACUACAGGCUCGCCGCCCAUUGGCUCCAAUUAGAUCACAACGUGUUGUUGCUCAACCAAUUCCCUACAGGUCGCAGCGCUUAAUUGGCCAACAACUCUACUUUGCCGAUGGAAGGUUCUUCGCCUACACCCCACAAUACGUCAGAGUUUAAAAUAAUUAUGUUGUUACUUAAUUUUAUGUUGAUUUUAUAAAUUAUUUUCAAAAAUGAGAAACUCUUUAAUAAAUAUUAAAAACAAGAAACUACGAACGAAAUCCAAAAACCAAUUAAUUUAUUUUUAGUUACA